AUGAGCAGCGUGCCGUCGGGGGCGAUUGGCCCGAGGGAUAACAAUAACAACAACGACCUUUUACCGAGGCAUUCGCUCGUCCAACCACCAAAUGUGGAAAUCGACUACCAAAAAUUCGAGAGCGAGUACCUCGUCCAUGCGAUUUCAAUCGAUCGAACGAAAGUCUCGAAAGCGACGAAAAUCUUGAGAGGUUUUACGCUCGAGGAGAGAGGAAUACAAGACGUGGUUUUGGACGAGACAGAUCCGGAGAAGAGGAAGAGAUUGGUUUUGUUGAAGCGAGAGAGCUUCGCGGCGAAAGCGGUGGCGGAUUUUUUACCGGAGGAUGUGAGGAAGAGGUUAGAGGACGAAGUUGGAAUUUCGUUGGUGAGUGGUGAUGGCAAAAAUGACGAAGAGAACGAAGGGGUCGUGAAAGAGCACAGGAUUACGUUAGAUUAUAAAUAUCACACGGCGGAGUACGUUUUGAAACAGCUCUUGCCAGACGGGAUGGAGACGCCGAGCGCGUUUGAACAGGUGGGGCACGUGGCACACGUGAAUUUGAGAGAAGAGUUUUUACCGUAUAAAUAUACGAUUGCGAAAGUUAUCGCGGAUAAGAAUUCGAGAAUUCGAACGGUAGUGAAUAAAGUAGGCGCGAUUGAUUCGAUGUUUCGAGUGCCGAAUUGGGAGUUGUUAUACGGCGACGCGGAUUUGAAAGCGACGGUGAAGCAACACGGGUAUUCCUUCGAGGUUGAUUUUGGUAAAGUCUAUUGGAAUUCGAGGUUGGAAACGGAACAUAAACGGUUGGUGGACGUGGAGUUUAAGAGAGGUGAGGUGAUUGUAGAUGCCAUGGCCGGGGUUGGGCCGUUCGUUGUUCCAGCGGUGAAAACGAAAGGGUGUCGAGUCUACGCGAGCGAUUUGAACCCGGACUGUUUCGAGAUGAUGCAAAAGAACGUGAAAUUGAAUAAGAUUGAAGACUCGGUGAAAUUAUACAACAUGGACGCGAGAGCGUUCAUCAAAUCGUUGUUAGAACCGGCCGCGGGAAAGAGCAGUGAUGAUGCGCCCGAGGAGAUGUGGGCCCGCGAACUCUCCGCGUACGAGCAAGAGUUGAAAAAAUUUCGAGAGAAGAUAAAAGCGAACGAAAAAGGAAACGAGGAGGACGAGAAAGAAACCGAAGAUAAUAACACGAAGAAGAAAUCAGAAAAGAAACGCAAAAGAUUAGAGGAAACGUCGGUACCCAAACCAAACUGGUCGACAAUGACCGCACGGGAGGAGGCAAAGAAUACAUCUGUGCCCCCAAGCGGAGCGACAUUCGAUCACAUCGUCAUGAACCUCCCGGCCACCGCGGUGGAGUUUCUCGAUUGUCUCAAACACUCGUUCGAUCGAAAGACGUGGGAGAAUAGAAAACUCCCAACUGUACACGCCUACGCGUUUCGACCGCCAGGACAUACCGAUCGAGACGUCAUUUCUCGAGCGGAAGGUCACUUGGGAUGUCCGAUUAAAAAUGCGAAAGUGUUCGAGGUUCGAGACGUUGCGCCGAACAAAGCGAUGGUGUGCGUCUCGUUCCAGAUUACCGAAGAGCAAGCGUUUGGUUCUUCGCCUAGUUAG